GACGGAGCACAUACGCUGCAAUGGCCAGGGUGCAGAGAACGGGCACCUUGGCAGAAGCUUGGCAUUUUUUUUCUCUCAUUUUGCUGAUGAGAUGCUUCUCAAGGAGUAUCCAGAGCCAAAGAUGCCAAUUGACACUCCGAAGAAGCUUGGCGCGUUUGACAAGGUGAACGUGGAUGACCUGAUGGAUGGUCAGCAACGGAAAAACCAGCGGGCGGCUUUCUACUUGCGGUGGCUUGCUACGCUCGUUGGCGACCUACACCAACCCCUUCACUGGCUUGCGGAGAAGGACUACGGAGAAACGGUCAAACUCAUCUACCAGGGCAAAGAAUACUCUCUUCUUUCCUUCUGGGAGGAACACUUGCCCAGCAAACUUCCAGAGCUGCCUUCCAUGUCCAUGCUGGACUUGGAGUACAAAGCCCAGUAUCAUCAGUGGGGACACCGCCUGCCCCCGGAGCUCUUCCGUGAGUGGGCUGGCGAGAUGUCUGACAAGGUUUGCAACGAGAUCUACGGCCCCAUGUACGUGAACCAUGCGGAUGGGAGCCGAAGCAUCGAAGAGCCCUUCCAGCUCUCUGAGGAGCUCCUUUCAAAGUGGGUCAAGUUGGCGGACCAGAUGAUCCAGGAGCCCAGGGAAAGCUCAUGUGCACAUAGGCUGUCCGCUCCUAAAGCCCCAGCCUUUGAUCGGUCAGGCCGGUGCCAAAGAAUGCCAACCGAAAUUGCCGUACUAGUCCUGGUGGCUGCCGCUGGAAUUGCGCUGCCUCGCAGCAUGCGAAGCUCCCAGUGA